AUGAAGAAAUUAGAUCAAGUGGCACCUGACAUUCGUGAUUACCUUCUAGAUGUGGGUUAUGAAAAGUGGUCACGUUGUUAUUCUAUGAGGAGUCGGUAUGAUAUUAUGACUUCUAAUAUAUCAAAAAGCAUGAACUCUACUCUAGAUGAUGCAAGGGAUCUACUGAUUAUACCAUUGAUUGAGUUUAUUAGGAACAAGCUCCAGGAUUGGUUUUAUACACGAAGGAUGCAUGCUAAUUCUAUAUCUUCUCAUCUAACACCAUGGGCUAAAAAACAGUUGUCCGAGCAAAUAGAACUUUGUAGACACAUGGAGGUUCAACCAAAUGAUGUAAAUGAGUUCACUGUAGUGCAUGGCAAAUCUAGUUUUAUUAUUUACUUGGAGACUAGAAGUUGUAGUUGUAGGAAGUGGGAUUUUGAAGAAAUUCCUUGCUCUCAUGCUUGUGCAGUGAUUAGCAAGCAACGACUUUAUGCAUAUACUUUUAUUUCUAGAUACUACACAAACUAUUACUUCUCAACUAUCUCAAGCUUUUGGUAUAUUCUCUUACUUUCUGAUCUAGAAAGUGAGCCUUGCAUGCUUGUUUCUGGGUCAUCAUUAUCAAUAUCUUCAACACUUAGAGGUGACACAGUAGAUGUUCCUACUACAGCUUGA